ACAAAAGCCGAGCUAGUAUGAAGUUUAACAAAAAUUUCGCGCAAAUAUAUAAAAUAAACAUUUAAAUUAAGUAAAAAUAAACAUAAACAUAAAUAAAAGAUUUUAAGUGAAGUAAUGUGGUUCAAGUUGUUUUUAUUAUCGUACACACUAUGUAUCAGCAUCUUGUCGGUUAAAAUAAACAAUAACAAGAAUGACCCGGUUAAGACCAAGGGCUUACUUUAUCCCUUUGAAUCAGAAUCCCGUGAAGUUCGUUCGCUAGAUGGAAUGUGGCGAUUUUUGAAAUCUAAAGCAAAUGGUUCUUCGACAACUGAGGAUUGGUAUAAAACUGAUUUGGAUAAAAUUGCUCCAACUAUUGCUAUGCCAGUACCUGCCAGCUAUAAUGAUUUGACAACUGAUGAUACUUUAAGAGAUCAUGUUGGAGGAGUUUGGUAUGAACGAAAGUUUUUUGUCUCACACGAUUGGUCAUUGGAUAAGCGCGUUUGGUUGAGAUUUGGCAGUGUGCAUUAUUCGGCCACAGUGUGGUUGAACGGCAUUGAAAUCGUACGCCACUCCAUUGGCCAUUUACCUUUUGAGGUGGAAAUAAGUCAACAUCUAAAAUAUGGCGCCGAGAAUCGUUUAACAGUUUUGUGCAAUAAUACCCUAACACGUUCGACCAUACCACAAGGAGAUGUAGUAAAAGCAUUAACCGAUUCUGGUAAUAGAACUUUUCAGAUCUACACAUUCGAUUUCUUUAACUAUGCUGGUAUACAUCGUUCGGUUGUUUUGUAUACGACUCCCAAAGUCUUUAUACAAGAUAUAAUGCUAACGACAGAUGUCAAGUUAACAGAACCCGAUAUUUAUGAAAUGGAAUUAUUUGUGGGUCUUGUCAAUUAUACAAUUGCUAUAAGCGGUUAUGAAAGCAAUGAAAUUAAUGAAGAUCCAAUAACUGAUGCAAGUCUAUACUAUUUACAUUUACAAUUACGCGACAGGGAAGGUGAAAUAGUGGUUAAGCAGAAUUGCAAAGAAAUGCCUUUCAAUGGUACACUGGUUAUAGAAGAUGUUAAUCUGUGGUGGCCAUUUCUUAUGCAUCCCGAUUAUGGUUAUUUGUAUACUUUGGAGGUUUAUUUACAUUCAACUGUGGAUAAUUCUCUUAUAGAUGUUUAUCGCAUGAAAGUCGGUAUACGUAAGUUGGAUUGGGAUAAUAUGAACUUACGCAUAAAUGGCCAAGAAGUGUAUUUACAUGGUUUUGGCAGGCAUGAAGAUUCGGAUUUACGCGGUAAAGGUUUAGAUUUUGCUUUACUUACAAGAGAUUUUAAUCUGAUAAAAUGGAUUGGCGCCAAUGCUUAUCGCACCUCACAUUAUCCCUAUUCGGAAGAAUCUAUGCAAUUUGCAGAUGAAAAUGGCAUUAUGAUUAUUGAUGAGUGUUCCAGUGUUAAUACUGAUUUUUUCGGUUCCGAACUGAUGUACAAUCAUAAAUCUGCCUUGGAACAGUUAAUACAUCGUGAUCGUAAUCAUGCCAGCGUUAUAAUGUGGUCUAUAGCAAAUGAACCCAGAACAUCAAAAAAUCAAUCGGAGCCAUAUUUCAGAGAAAUUGUACGAUAUGCGAAGACUCUGGAUAAAACAAGACCUUUGACUGCUUCCUUAAAUGUAGAAAUAGACAAAGAUAAAUUGGCCCAAUUUUUGGAUAUUAUUAGUUUUAAUCGUUACAAUGCCUGGUAUCGUAACCCCGGACACUUGGAUAUGAUAACAAAAGCUGUUAAAGAUGAGGCUACCAAUUGGUGGCUGAAAUAUAAUCGACCUAUUAUAAUGUCGGAAUAUGGAGCCGAUACAAUGGAAGGUUUACAUGCGUUACCAGAAUAUCUUUGGUCUGAAGAUUAUCAGAUGAUGUUGUUGGGCAAACAUUUUAAGGCUUUCGAUGAAUUGCGUGAACAAAAAUGGUUUAUUGGUGAAUUUGUAUGGAAUUUUGCAGAUUUUAAAACAGAACAAACUAUUACUCGUGUGGGUGGCAAUAAGAAAGGUAUAUUUACCCGCAAUCGCCAACCUAAGACAUCAGCCCAUUUGUUACGCAAACGUUAUUAUAGUUUAUGCAGUGAAUUUUUUGAAUGUGAAGCACCUAGUGAUUUACUUUUUUAAACAAUUUUCACACUGAUGUUAUAACGUUGUAACAUUAAUUUCGGUGCUUUUAGUUUUUAAGUAUUUAAAUAAUAAUGUAAUCAAGCACAAAUAAAAAUAUUUCUUACUCGCAGCAUUGAAGCACAUACAAACUAAUAACAUAAUAAAGAUUUAAAUGGUAUUUAUAAAAUUAUA